UUUGACCCAGCUUCCUUCCUCCUGGAGCAAUUUUUUUUUCCCCUCUCUCUUUAUUAUUUAUAUAAAUAAGAGGGGGGCCUGGCUGAGCUGUGGAUGCGUGUGUGAGUCGCAGCCUCUCUCUCUGCCUUCUCCUUUCAGAUCCGCAUUUGCGAGCAGCAGCAGCCGCCGGGAGGGGGGGGUUUAAUUCGCUUCACAACACAGACACGCCAGGAAAAAAAAAAAAAAACAAAAAACCAAACCCCACCACCCAAAACCACCACCCCAAGCACCCAGCUCCGAGAUCAAGCUGACUGACAAUGAGCGAAUCCGGCACCAAAUCCAGCCAGCCCCUGGCCUCCAAGGGGGAGAAGGACGUGUCGGAGAAGAGGGGCCGGGGGCGGCCCAGGAAGAAGCCGCAGCAGGAGCCCAGCGAGGCCCCGACCCCCAAGAGACCCCGCGGACGGCCGAAGGGCAGUAAAAACAAGGCCACCCCGAAAGGCAGGGUAGGUGGCCGGGGACGGGGGCUGCUCCGGCCAAGCAGCCGUGCACUGGGACAACAGAAAGCCACAGUCACACCAGGGAGAAAACCUCGAGGCCGACCCAAAAAAUCAGUGACAGGACGAGGAGGAGGUGAACAUUUCCCAGGAGUCAUCCGAGGAGGAGCAGUGAAACCUCCCGAACCGGCGCUACCUCAUCGCCCGACGGUCCCGCGUCCUCAGCGCCCGGGGGAGAGGGACGGGGAGAAACCCACUGCGCCGCCCUGGCUUUUUCCUCCUCCCUCCUCCGCUCCUUCCUCACCCUCAGACAACGGCAGCACUGGAAAAUGGCCCGACCCGGGCGGCCCCUGCAGCCCCACGCCUGGGGGGCACCCGCCCCGGCUCCCCCCUCUCCCCAGCGCUGGGUUUCACUGGCAAAGGGGGUGUCUGGCAGAGAGCCGGGGCUGGGACCCCCCCACCUUUGCUGCCCCCCCCCCCAAUGCAGUGAUCUCACCCAUCCAAAGCGGGUGCUGGUUGCCCCCGCCCCCAGCACCGGGCUUUGCACCGGAGCCUCUGCAGGGAAGAGACAGGGGGUCAAGGCGAGACCCCCCAAAUGCAUUAGACCUUUGCUCUGGCCUGCUGCUACCCUGGGCAACCCCCCCCGUGUCCCCCCCAGUCCUGGGCGACUGCAGUGUGCGUGGGAGAGCAGCUCCCACGGCGAUGCCGGGGCUCAGUGCCCGUCCCUGGGGGUGCCUGUCCCUGGGGGUGCCUGUCCCUGGGGGUGCCCAAGUGGGGCCAGCUCGGGGCGGCGCUCUCCUCAUAGCUUCUGGUAUAUAUAUUUUUUUUAGUACUUUUUUUUUCCUUUCAUUCACAACUACCUCUGGAUAUUUAAGUUCCACUCUCUGAACUCACAGAUGUGCUGCUGCUGUGCCGGCUGCCGGGGCAUCGUUGGCUCGGUGUUUUCUUUCUCGGGGUGUCGCUAGGGGCUGCGGGGUAUUUUUUUCCCUCCCCUUUUUUGGGCUUUUUUUUUUUUAAUAUUUUAAGGUCUGGGUUGCUCUGCUGCUCCAAGGGAUAGAGGCUGGCAGGGCGGUGGGGUGGGGGGACUGCGGGAUGCUCCCCCCACCAUGCCACCCCCUGCACAACGGUUGCAGCAGGACUGGAGGUCGGUGCCAGGUGGCCCCGGUGGGGAAAAAUUGGGGUUUGGGUUUUUUUUCUGGUCCACUGUUAACGACCUUUUGGUUUCCUAUUUGCAGUUACUUGAAUAAAACAUUUUAUGGAUGUU